AAUGCCGGCGCCUCUAAAAUGAUGUGACCUCCACAGUAGGACCAUUCCAUAGGCAACCGAUAGAUGACAAUUCCUUGGCAGGUUUAAAAAGAUAUUAUUCAAAGGUUACUAUGGGUGACAUUGCGAAGGGAAAGAAGGCCUUCGUUCAGAAAUGCGCCCAGUGCCACACUGUCGAAGACGGUGGGAAGCACAAAGUGGGUCCAAACCUUUGGGGUCUGUUCGGACGUAAGACUGGUCAGGCUGAGGGCUACUCCUACACGGAUGCCAACAAGAGCAAAGGCAUUACUUGGGGUGAAGCCACCCUGAUGGAGUACUUGGAAAACCCUAAGAAAUACAUUCCAGGAACAAAGAUGAUCUUUGCUGGCAUCAAGAAGAAGGGCGAGCGCCAAGACCUUGUUGCAUAUUUGAAGUCUGCGACAUCAUAAAACAUUAUAUUUGAAGAUAAAUAUUUAAGUUAAGUGUUUUUAAUCUGAGUUUGUUGUCCCUUUUUUGAUCUGUACUUCAAUGACACAAAAUCACUAUUUAAUGGCCAGGACUCAUCAAUCUUUGUGUUGUCAUGGAAUACUUCCUAUGCCAGACCCAUCUUACUUGUGAACAGAAUCCAAUAUUACUUGAUUUAAUGCUGAGAUAUCAGUCAUGGUUGAUCAGCUGGUGGUUACUGAAGGUCCCUGGUUUCUCUCCCUCCUGAAGGAAUGACAAUAUAUUCCCUGGUUUCACAGGAGCUGUUGAAAGUGUAAGUUAUUUUACUGUAAUGAAAGUUAUAAGUAUUCCAGAAUGCUGUUGGUAAUUGUGAAGUGGCUAUAUGCACUAUGGUUAUGUACCUGAAGGAAUUGAUCAAUAAAGUGCUGAAAUUUGA